UUGUUUUGUAUUUUAUUUACAAUUACGAUAUUUUUGAGCUUAGUACCAGUUAGUAGAGAGAGAGAGAGAAAUGGGGUUAUGGGUUAUAUAAGAACAUUGAUGAAUGUCGCAAAUGGUGCCAGAAAUUAGGGUUUGAGUCAGAGUACGAGGUUAGAUUAGGGUUCACGGUUCUGGGAUUCGGUUCUCCGAUUACGGUAAUUUCUUGCAACUUCUUUUUUUUCAGAUUUUUUUUGCUUUUCUUUUCAAGGGUGAAUCUGUUAGUCGAGUAUUUUAUUGCUUUAUUCGUGUUUUCAGUGGAUUUCUUAGAGGUAAGAACUGAAUCGAUUCGAUUCUUAUCGGCUUUUCUUGUUUUGGAGAAAGUUUUAGAGUUUUAUCCGUGGCUUGAUUCAGUGUUCUGAGCUUCAUUUUGAAGAAAUUUUAGCCUUUUUUAAAGGUUUCAUGCCAUUGUUCAACUUCUCUAUACUUAGAGGUCUGACCCUUUUCCAUUUUUGGUUAUAGAUUUGUAGGAACUCGUAAAGUUAAGAUCUCGGUCGAAGUUUCGUUUAGCAGAAAUGAAGACCCUGUUUUUCUGUAAUUCUCUAAGCAAAAUUUCUUGAAACAGUAGAGCAAUUCGAUCUCAUGUUCCCGUUUUGUUAGUAUUUUUAUCAUUUUCAUUCUGUCUAGACUAGUUCUAAAAAGAACUUGUAAUUGGGUAGGUCUUUUAAUUAAAAUUUUUCUUUUAAAUCUCUGUGAGAACUACAAGUAUGGUGUCUAGAUCUUACUCGAAUCUCUUGGAGCUGGCCUCCGGCGAGUCUCCGUCGUUCGGCCGAAUGAGCCGGCGAAUUCCACGUAUAAUGACGGUCGCUGGGAUAAUUUCAGACCUCGACGAUGACCCAGCUGAUAGUGUUUCCUCUGAUCCUUCUUCUUCUGCUCCCCGUGAACGAAUCAUCAUUGUAGCUAACCAGCUCCCAAUUAGGGCUCAUAAGAAACCAGAUAAUAAAGGUUGGACUUUCAGCUGGGAUGAUGAUUCACUUCUUCUCCAGCUGAAAGAUGGGCUUGGGGACGAAGAUGUCGAGGUUAUCUAUGUGGGUUGUCUUAAGGAGGAAAUUCACCCAAGUGAACAGGAGGAUGUCUCUCAGAUCCUUCUUGAGACCUUCAAAUGUGUUCCCACUUUCCUUCCGCCUGACUUGUUUAGCCGGUACUAUCAUCGAUUCUGCAAGCAGCAGUUAUGGCCGCUGUUCCAUUACAUGUUACCACUCUCACCAGACCUCGGCGGUCGUUUUGAUCGGUCACUGUGGCAGGCUUAUGUAUCAGUUAAUAAGAUCUUUGCAGAUAGGAUCUUAGAAGUGAUCAACCCAGAGGAUGAUUUCGUCUGGGUCCAUGAUUAUCACCUGAUGGUGUUGCCAACAUUCUUGAGGAAGAGGUUCAACCGGGUCAAGCUUGGAUUCUUUCUUCACAGCCCAUUUCCCUCUUCAGAGAUCUAUAAGACAUUGCCUGUCAGAGAAGAGUUAUUACGUUCCUUGUUGAAUUCUGAUCUGAUUGGUUUCCAUACAUUUGAUUAUGCCCGGCAUUUCCUCUCUUGUUGUAGUAGGAUGCUUGGGCUCACCUAUGAGUCAAAGCGAGGUUAUAUUGGCCUUGAGUAUUAUGGUCGAACUGUGAGUAUUAAGAUCCUUCCUGUUGGUAUCCACAUGGGUCAGCUUCAGUCAGUGCUGAGUCUUCCAGAGACCGAAGUUAAGGUUGCAGAGCUCAUUAAGGAGUUCACUGAUAGGGGAAGAAUAAUGCUACUUGGUGUGGAUGACAUGGAUAUAUUCAAAGGUAUAACCUUGAAGUUGUUGGCUUUGGAGCAGUUGCUUGUGCAGCAUCCAGAGUGGCGGGGAAAGGUGGUAUUGGUACAGAUAGCCAAUCCAGCCAGGGGCCGGGGAAAAGAUGUGAAGGAAGUGCAAGCUGAGACAUACGCAACUGUGAAGAAAAUUAAUGAAGCUUUUGGUCAGCCUGGAUAUCAGCCUGUUGUCCUGAUUGAUCAGCCGCUUCAGUUCUUUGAGAGAAUUGCUUAUUACGCAGUUGCCGAGUGUUGUCUGGUCACAGCAGUGAGAGAUGGGAUGAACCUCAUUCCAUAUGAAUAUAUCAUCAGUCGCCAAGGAAAUGAGAGAUUGGAUAAGGUCUUGGGGUUGGGUGCAUCAUCUCCUAAGAAGAGCAUGCUAGUUGUUUCCGAGUUUAUUGGUUGUUCCCCUUCUCUGAGUGGAGCUAUCCGAGUUAAUCCAUGGAACAUUGAUGCUGUGGCAGAUGCAAUGGACCUUGCACUAGAGAUGGCAGAUUCAGAGAAACAGCUCCGACAUGAGAAACAUUAUAGGUAUGUGAGUACCCAUCAUGUUGGGUAUUGGGCACACAGCUUCCUGCAGGAUCUGGAAAGGACAUGCAAGGAUCAUGUGAGGCGGAGAUGCUGGGGUAUUGGGUUUGGUUUGGGAUUCAGGGUUGUGGCACUUGACCCAAAUUUCAGGAAGCUUUCCAUGGAGCACAUAGUGUCAGCCUAUAAAAGGACUAAAACUAGAGCCAUCCUUCUAGAUUAUGAUGGGACUCUGAUGCCCCAGGCUUCUAUUGAUAAGAGCCCGAGCUCAAAAUCCAUUGAAAUCUUAAACAGUUUAUGUAGAGAUAAGAACAAUAUGGUCUUUCUUGUAAGUGCUAGAAGCCGGGAGACUCUAAGUGAAUGGUUUUCUCCUUGUGAAAAAUUAGGGAUUGCUGCAGAGCAUGGCUACUUUUUAAGAUUGAAGCGAGAUGCUGAAUGGGAAACGUGUUUUCCCAUGGCAGAUUGCAGUUGGAAACAGAUUGCCAGGCCUGUCAUGAAACUUUACACAGAAACAACUGAUGGAUCCACAAUUGAAGACAAGGAAACAGCAUUGGUGUGGUGUUAUGAGGAUGCUGAUCCUGAUUUUGGAUCUUGCCAAGCUAAGGAACUUCUUGAUCAUCUUGAAAGUGUCCUUGCAAAUGAGCCAGUUUCUGUCAAGCGUGGGCAGAAUGUUGUGGAGGUUAAGCCACAGGGUGUGAACAAGGGACUUGUGGCUGAACGCCUACUUUCCACCAUGAUGGAGAGGGAAAUGGUGCCAGAUUUUGUUCUAUGCAUAGGUGAUGACAGGUCUGAUGAUGACAUGUUCGAAGUGAUAACCAGUUCCAUUGCAGGUCCAUCUUUACCUCCCACUGCUGAAGUGUUUGCAUGUACUGUUGGUCGUAAACCCAGUAAAGCAAAGUAUUAUCUGGAUGACACAACAGAAAUUGUUAGAUUGAUGCAGGGCCUAGCUUCUGUUUCAGAACAAGCAUUCUCCCUCUUGUAAGGAUUAUUGGCUUCACUGGACAUAAAUGAGGUGAAUUUGUUCAUGGUUCUUUACUCUUCAUGAACGCAUAGGCAGAGUAGUGUAAUCAUCUUUUUCUCCAUAAUUAUUUCCAAGUGCUGUAAAUUAUUGUAGUUUUACCAAGAGAAGUUGUGCCAACUCGGUGCUUCAUUUGUCUGUAAAUAGGUGUUUACACUUUACAACAUAAUCCUAAGCUUGUUGUUCAGUUUCCAUUGGCCUUGCUCGGUGGCAGUAAAAACCUUGAGAUUCUGAAGAGCUUCUUGAAAUCGUUUAUAUCCACAGGGUCAAUUUCUUUUAAGGAAUUUCUUUUAUUUCUUCAGGAUUCUCUUGUUAGAUGAGAAUGUAAAUUACAUUUAUAAGUUUGUAUUCUUUUUAUUUUCUUUGAGGCCUUCUGCUCAUUUGCUUUUCUUCAAAUGAGUUUCUAUAAUUCUGAGUGACCUUUGUAUGCUCAUCUUACACUGAAUGGUGUAGUGGUUCCAGCACUGAAUAGCACUUCUAAUGUACUAUUUUCUCUUUUACCAUACCCA